UCCCUAUCGCCUAUCUCUGCCUAUGGAAAGUUUGAGGUUACUGUUAUUCCGAUUUGUUUGAAAUACGUUGCGAUGCAUCGUGUGGCGACGUAUUUCUGUUGAUUCGUAAAUUCGUUGAUUCGCUUGUCAUUCCCAAUUAAAUUCCUCCUCGUGUAACCGCCAGGAUGUCCGCGCCGAAACAGCAGCAGAAUGUUGAACAUAAAGAGAAGAAGAGGAAAGAGAGUAUUCUUGAUCUGUCCAAGUAUCUCGAGAAGAACAUAAGGGUCAAAUUUGCUGGUGGCAGAGAAGCCGAAGGUAUACUUAAAGGUUAUGAUCCUUUACUCAACCUGGUACUCGACAAUACGAAGGAAUAUCUCAGAGAUCCAGACGAUCCGUACAAAUUAAAUCAGGACACUCGUAUGCUGGGUUUGGUAGUGUGCAGAGGAACAUCCGUAGUGCUUAUAUGUCCUGUAGACGGCAUGGAGUCUAUUCAGAAUCCAUUCAUACAACAAGAAGGAUAAACAGGUCUUUAUCAAUAUAUCUUAAAAAAGAAAUCAUCCUUUUGAAUAUUAUUUCCAUUUUUUAAAUAAAAAUAUAAUUUAUUUUGCAUUAUAAAUUGAGGAAUCUUAUAUAUGUAGGAAAUAAAUGCCAUUUUCUUAGA